AUGCAGGAGUGCCAGGGUUCUGUCAUCCAUCCUCACAGCCGAAAAUGUUCCACCAUAGCUAUCGAGCGCGAAUACAUUGAAAAUCAAGACAACCUUCUCGACGAUGUGGACGUCCUCGUGGGCAGUCAGGACAAGAUUGGCAUUGUCAUCAUUGUCAAGAUUGAUACCUCGGCUCAUGAUUCAGAGAAGGAGUAGAAGGAUAUGCAUUCUUGCCUGGACAGUAUGAUUAUCGACAGCAUUGUGGCCACCCCCACAAAGUCCGACGAAACGCCCACCUCCGCAUCCGCUGGAGCUUCACCCGCGAACUCUAUGCCAACCCUGCAUUCAAGAUCAGCAGAAUAAAUUGUCU